AUGCAGGCCGCGCCGACUAUGACAGACCGAGAGGACGAAACGACCGUCGAGGAGGUGAUCGCGUUGCAGAACCCGACAGCUAAACUCCGGGUUGAGAACCUUCAUUAUGAUCUGACGGAGGAUGACAUCUAUGACCUGUUCACGCGCAUCGCUCCAGUAUUGGACGCCAAACUGCGCUAUGAUAGAGCCGGUCGCUCAGAAGGUGUUGCCUUCGUCACGUAUCAACAUGUUGCCGACGCCAGGACCGCGAUCAGGGAAUUCGAUGGUGCCAACGCCAAGGGGCAGCCAAUCCGCAUCACGCUUCUGCCGCUGCCCAGGCGAGACAAUCCUUUUGAUCGAGUGGAGAAUCCCAAGAGUCUGUUCGACCGCAUUGAAGCCCCCAGCGGCCGCGGUCGAAGACGAAGUGCCAGCCCCAUGGAGGAGGUAGACGAUGAUCGGGCACCUCGACGUGGUCCGCGCAGAGGGCCAACGAGAGAUCGGAGAAGUGACACGACCAGACCUGCUCCCGAGAACAUUGAUCGCUACGUUCCAGGACUGCGAGAAAGUCGAAGCUCAAGUCACCGUGGAGGACGGAGACCGGGCGAGAAACGGGAGCGGACUGCUAAAGAUCCAGAAGGCCACAAACUGGUCGGUGGAAGACCACGGAAGACGGCAGAGGAACUGGAUGCUGAGAUGGAUGAUUACUGGGGAGCAGCCGGAAGUGCCCCAGCAGAGACUGUCAACAAUGGCGCUCCCGCUGCGCAAGCUGCUCCGACCCAGGGAGGCGACGACAUUGACAUGAUCGAAUGA